UACCAUUACUGGUCCAAGUUUGAUGUUGUGGUGGAGUUUUGUUCUCCAGAAGCUGCUGCUACAGCAGUUAGUGUUUGUCACUUGGUCUUCAAGUUGACCUAACAAUCCAUCCUUCCCUCCCCUGACAAUGUGAAUCUAUAAAGGAAGUGUUGGUAGAAGAAGAAAGUGUUAGUUAGAAGAUCGAUCCCCUAUAAGAAAAGAAAGGUCAAACCAUACUCGGGAAGGUCAUGACUGAUGAUACAACCACCCUGAGUUAUUGGUUAAACUGGAGGUUCCUUUUCUGUGCAAUAUGGAUCUUAGCAGACAUGGUAGCAGCAUCAAUUUUAAUAUGGAAAUAUGAAGGUUUCAACAAAUCAAGAAAUGGAAGAAGAGAUAAUCAGCGAGAAACCGCAGGGUCUUUGUACGAGGAUGAAGCUUGGAAGACAUGUUGGAAAACAAUCCAUCCUGCUUGGUUGCUUGCUUAUAGAAUAACUGCUUUCAGUGUGCUUUUAGCAUCACUCAUCGCUAAUGUUGUUGUUGAUGGAGGCGGCAUAUUUUAUUAUUAUACUCAGUGGACGUUUGCAUUGGUGACAAUAUAUUUUGGGCUUGGAUCUUCAUUAUCCAUUUAUGGAUGUUGCCAAAAUUGCAAUGAAGUUGGUGGUGAUAGGGUUGAUCAAUUGGGUUUAGAUGCAGACCGAGGCACUUUCUUGGCUCCCACUUUUGGGGAAAAUGAAAAUAUGCCCAUCAUCUCCAAAAGCUUAAAUACCAAUGAAGAACCUCAUGUUCGUAAACCUGCCAGCAUAUGGGGCUACGCCUUUCAAACUACUUUCCAGAUGUGUGCAGGUGCCGUGACGAUCACUGAUUGCGUCUUUUGGUUCGUGAUCUAUCCAUUUCUCACUGACACAGAUUACAAAUUGGAUGCUCUGCAGGUGAUUAUGCACUCAUUCAACGCUAUCUUCCUCCUUGGUGAUGUGAUUUUGAAUUGCUUGCGGUUCCCUUUCUUCCGAAUUGCGUAUUUUGUUUUAUGGACCACUAUAUACGUCAUUUUCCAAUGGAUCCUCCAUGCUUUUGUUUCAAUGUGGUGGCCAUAUCCAUUUCUUGACUUGUCAUCCUCCUAUGCUCCCUUAUGGUACUUGGCAGUUGGAUUGAUGCAUCUCCCAUGCUACGGUUUUUUCGCUCUGAUAGUAAGGUUGAAGCAACUUUGGUUUUCGAGAUCAUUCCCGGAGGCCUAUCAGAGCCUGAGGGGAGAAAGUUAGUUGCCUCAGCACCAGAGACAAGUUAAGCAUUGCACCGGUGCCAACUCCUCUCCUUGCGUUGAUCUCACCUACAAUAAUUCAGGCUUCUUUUCUUGGAGGGGGUUCCAAAUGUAGUCCAUAUCUGUAAAAAAACUGGGUAGUUAUCUGGUAGAGAUAUAUUUUUACUUUCCCAAAAAAGGGGUAUAUUUUUUCUUCUCUUGAUAUUAUUUCUGAGAGAAGUAGAGAACUGUUGAUGCUUUUGAUAAUGAACUUUCGUUGAGGGAAUGAUAAAGUAUACAAUUUGUUGCA